AUGGCCUCCAGUGUCUGCCCGCCGUCCCCGUUACUCGUGAGGCUGUCGGAGUCCAUCCCCUGGGCGCACAGGAAGCUAGAGAAAUACUUCCAGAGCCGGGCCUCAGGCGGCGGGGAGUGCACCGUCCAGCCCGUGGGCCCCAGCGCCCCGGACACCUUCGAGGUCAAGUUCCUAGAAAGGACAGCUAAGGAGAAAGUGUUGAAAAAGAGAGAACACCAGGUGCCAUUCAAUGACAAAUCUGUCACCAUUUUCCUGGAAACCAUUAAAAAGCCAGUAGAGGACCUGAAACCCAGAACUCCAUCCUUAACACAGCCAGCUGAGACACCCAGCUCCAGAUCUUCAUCCUCGAUAGAAUCCCUGGAGGAAGUACUGUGUGAGGAGAUGCACCCCAGCAAUGGGCCUGUUUUUAACUCGGUUGACUCUAUUGUCCAAAAGGUCUUUCUUGCUGUGACCGCUGAGCUGAACUGUGACCUGCUCUCCAAAGAGCAGCGGGCUCUCAUAACCACCGUCUGCCCUCAUGUCAAAGGCGUGGUGGGUAGUGAGGGAAUUGAGAAGGUGUGUGGCAGCUUUGAAGACAUUGAAAAGAUACAUCACUUCUUGAGUGAGCAGCUUUUGGGAAGUGAGUGGGAGCAGAAGUACCUCCCACAGAAAGACCCGCCCUCCGAUACGGAGAGGGAGCAACCCUGUCAGAACAAUUAUGAAGUUUCCGAGCUUUUCCUUGAAUAUUUCAGACAUGCCUAUCCUAACAGGAUAGAGUCCAUAGAGAAAAAAUUUCGUGUAAACUUUGAAAUCCGAGAUAGUGCUCCCAAUAUGGUCUCCGUGGGCUUCACCUCCGGCCAAUCGGGCAACUUAGAAGAAGCCCGUGAUUCUUUUGCCAGAAAGUUUCAGGAAUGCACACAGUCUCUGAAGCAAGAUUCCAUCUCCCUAGAGGACCAUGAGAGAGCAAAGGAAGUCAGAGAGGAGUUGACGCGCCGCUUUCCAAAGCUCCUGAUCAAGGGACAGGGAAGAACGCUCACUCUCCUCGGAACUCAGGGUGACAUUGCAGCCGCCACAGAAAAAGUCUCCCAAACUUUUGUCAAGACACCCAUGGUGAAGAUAACGGCAUCUGGUUACCUGACGGGGAUUGAGGUGGAUUCGGCUCGCUUUAACCUCCUAAAACCUGAAUUGCUCCAGGAAAUCACGGAGAUAGAGCAGAGGUACAACACUUGCGGGCAAGUCCAGGAAAAAGGUCAGAAAACCUGCAUUGUCUUUGUCCCCAAGGAUAAGGAGGUGGACCUGUCCGUGCACUCUUACACAAGUUUCAUUGACGCCUUCCAGCAUGCCACGAGCCAGCUGAGGACAGAAGCCCUGUCGCUGAAACAGUUGGGCAGGGAGAGAGCUCGCUUACAGAAGACGAAGUUCGUUGACGACUUAAGGAAAAAGCACUCAAAUGUGCACUUUGUGGUGUCUCAAGAGUCACUGACCUUGACUGGUUUGCGGAGUCACCUCACACAGGCCAUGCAGUAUGUCUUCAAAAGAAUGGGACUGUCCCCACCGUCCGGAGAGAAAGCGAAUGUGGAUGAUGAAACGGCCAUGGAUGUCGACGGGAAUGACUCAAAUGUGGCCUCACCUCCUCCUGGAGGCUCGGAGAGUAGCUCCUCGGCCUCGAAGGUGAAGGAGAACAAAGACUACUGUGUCAUCUGCAUGGAUACCAUUACUAACAAGCACGUGCUUUCCAAAUGCAAGCAUGAAUUCUGCACCUUUUGUAUCACCAAGUACAUGUCCAUCAAGCCUGUCUGUCCUGUGUGUCAGACCUCCUAUGGUGUCCAGAGAGGGAACCAGCCAGAUGGAACCAUGACCCACACCAGAGUAGAUCGAUCACUUCCCGGUUACGAAGGCUAUGGUACAAUUAAGAUUUGCUACGAUAUGAAAGGCGGCGUCCAAACAAAUGAGCACCCGAACCCAGGAACGUCUUACUCUGGAACACAGCGCAUUGCGUACUUGCCUGAUAAUAAGGAGGGAAGAAAGGUUCUGGAUCUGCUUCGAAAAGCCUUUGCCCACAAGCUGAUUUUCACAAUAGGGUGCUCUCGAACAUUAGGCCUCUCAGAUGUCAUUACAUGGAAUGAUAUUCACCACAAAACAUCCAUGUCUGGAGGACCAGAAGGGUUUGGUUACCCUGAUCCUGAUUACCUGAAACGUGUCAGGGAGGAGUUGAAAGCAAAAGGAAUCGAAUAAGGAAGCUGCAGGGAAGUCAUCUCUCCACUGUCAAAAGAAGUGUGUUAGGAGGCUGUAUUUGUACAGACCUAAACCUUUUUCUAGAAAAACUUUGUAACAUUUUUUUUUCAUGUUAAGUAGUCUUCUUGCCAGUCAUUUCUAGAGUGUUACUCUUUCAUGGAAAGCUAAAUAUAAAGGGCAUGGGCUGGGGAAAUGGCUCCGUCCGCAAAGUGUGAAGAAAUGAGCUCAGGUCUUCAUCAUCCAUGGAAAAGCCCGGUGUGAUGGCCUGCACUUGCAAACUUAGCGCUGGUGAGUUGAGACAGGAUUCCUGGAGCUUACUGGCCAGCUAGUCAAGCCAGAACCAUGAGCUCCAGGUUCACUGAGAGACCUUGCCUCAAGAAAUAAGGUGGUUCGGGACAUGGUGGUGCAGGCCUUGAAUGCCAGUGCUUGGGAGGCAGAAGGAGAGGAGCUCUGGGAGUUCCAGGCCCCAGCCUGGUCUUCAGAGCCCCAGUCCCAAGACGGCCAGCUGUCCAUAGUGUCUCAAAACAAACAAAUAUUAGGUGGACAGAAAUAAAGACAUAUAACUUUAUCUUAUGGCCCCCAAAUACACCUCCAUACAAAGUACACAAACACACACACAGAGAGACGUUUUAAAACAAAAAGAUAAAGGAUUUCAAAUUUUGUUCUGAAGAAAUCUGAUCUCAUUCUUAUGUUUAAGUGUUGUAGUAAAUAAAUAAAUGAGUGUUGGGCUACAUAAUGUUUAUUAUCAGCCCUCUGAUUAUCACAGUGGUAUUAUCUAACCCGCUGUUACAAAUAAUAAGACACAGAUGCAAUUAGAUUUUAUAAUUGCCUUACUUACCUUAGGCAGGGCAGACAUUUCACCUACGCUGGCUCAGUAACCUCACCAUCCUUCUCCCAGCCCCCAUCCAGUCCCAUCCACCGUAGUCAUCCUCAUCUUCCAUCCAUAAUCCUAUGGUACUUGCUUGUAUUCUUCCUCUGGGCCUUUUCACACCAUUGUUGGAGUCCUUCCUCUUGGCCCACAUGAUUUUUUUUCUCCACACUGACCCAUCCUGGCAUCCUCCUUUCUUCUCUCUCCCUGUCUGUCUGUCCUCUCCAAGCCUGGGAACCUCUGCCACGCCUCCCCCAUUCUUCCCUGCCCAGGUAUAGGCCAUUUAAUCAGCCAAUCAGGUAUGUCUUAGGGGUGUUUACAAAACAGGUGUAAACAGACCUUGAGGGCCAGUAACCUCCAUCAGACCAACCUACAACAGUUAAGGCUGGGGGGGUAAGUGAGUUUGAAAUCAUCUUCUGUGUCUUUCACUGGAACCAUUGCGACUGAUGGAACCUCCCCCGGUUUUUGCUUAUCUGAGGCAGGGUCUCACUAUGUGACUCUGGAACCCACUUCGUGGACCAGAUCUUGAACUUGGACCUGCCUGCAUCUGCCUCCUUAGUGCUGGGAUUAAAGACCUACGCCACAUGCCUGAUUUUUUGUUUGUUUGGAGUUUUUUUGUUUAUUUUUGUUAUUGCUUUUUUGGUUUUGGUUGGUUUGCUUUGCUUUGCUUUUGGUGUUGGGACUUAAACACAAAGCCAAGGAGUUCCCUCACUAGUUCUUUGAUCCUUUUUCAUGUCCAUCUCUGUGGCAGUACAUUGGGUUUUUUGUUUGUUUGGUUGGUUGGUUGGUUUGUUUUUUUUUUUUAAUCUCUGCCUGGACAAGUAAAACCUUUGUGUAAAAGGGAAAGCGAAACCCUUGUGUAAAUGGGAAGUCUAAAAAUAGGUUUGUCUGGAAAAGACCCAUGUUUCUCUCCCUACCCUUAGCAAGAAAAGUGUCCAGGAGAUCAGGCAACUUUUGGUAAUAAGCAGAACAAGAAGACUUAUUUUUCAGGACACAGAGCCUGGUGGAUGGUUGGUGCUUAAUGUGUGUUUCUUGCUUGGCUCUAGUUGCUAGCAGCUCAGCAGGGGGACAGGCAUAUAAAGAAUAUGUCCCCCAAUCUUCGGCAGGAGCAGGACUGGAGUCCUUGGCAUUCAUUUGGAAAAGUUUCUUACCCCAAUAUGCAUUGGUUAGGCUCUGACCAAGCCUAGAGCUCUACUCUUCCCCGAGCCCUGCCACAGAAGGGCAACACACACAUACACACUACACACACACACACACACACACACACACACACCACACACACACACACACACACACACAGGUUAUGUUAUACUUUCUCAACAUACUCUGUUUCAGAUUUUAACAGGUAAACAACCUUGACUUAGCUUAAUAUUUUAUAACUGCUACCUUCGAUGUGGUAGGGUUUUGUCUUUUAAUCCUUUGACUGAAUCCCACCAGUCUGCUAUCUCUCUAAUCCUUUCCCUGGACACGAGUGAAGGAGAGAAUUACACCUACUGUAGAGUCUGAACGGCAUGUCACAGUUCCCUGUAAGCGGUUCUCCAAGUCAGAGGAAAAUCACAAUGGACAGUGAUCUGGCGACCUGUGUUCCAACCACUCUCCAAAAUGGUACGUGACAUGUCUUGACCUCCUUAAGACAAAUGUGCACACACAUAGACCGACUUGGCCGGAUAACAAUAGCCAACACUUCCUGAGUACUUCCUCUGCAGGUACUGAUAUGAUAGUACAAUUAAUUGCCCUGUUCUGUGAACAGAAAUUUCAUGUGCGGAGCAGAGUCAUCACUCACCAAGGGUAUCGUAAUUGAUAAAAGGAAAUGCUAAUUUUUACCUCUGUCUUGGUUUUGGCUUUUUUGAGACAGGGUCUCACGGAACCCGGAUUGGCUUCUCCCUGUGUAUAGCCAAGGCUAUUCUCGAACUCUCACCUCCCGCCCAAGUUCUUGCGGGUAUCCUUGGCUGAUCUCUCAGAAUCUGCUUCCUCCCAAGGAAAUGGGUUCCAGGCACACACCACCAUGCCCCCAGGCCUGGCUUGUGAAUCCAGUUUAGACCUUUUAUUUCCAAUGAUUCACCAAGCUUUUAUCGUUAAGACUAACUGAUCAUUUUCUAUCUUCUAAUCUAGUAGUUAAGUUUACUCCAAAGAAGAAAAAAAAAAAAUGGUUUCUGUUAAGUUCUGUAUCUUGUAUUUGAUGGAGUGUGCAUAUGCAAAUUCCACGUGGUGUGAGUGCAUAAUGGCAUUUGGGUUUUUUCUUUUGCAAGGUGUUAUCUGCCUUAAAUAAAGUUAGGUCCUUACAACA